GAGCGGUUUGCAGUGCCGGGCAGGCUGCGGGCUGGACCGAGCGGCUCGCGUAACACCCCGGAGUCCGCCUUUCCGCCGUGCCUUCCGUCUCAAGAAAUUGCCCCAAGUAGAAACUGGACUUUAUCCCCCACUCCGCUCCUCCCCCGAUCCUGGUCCCCAGCGGCCUCUUCUUGAUGCCUAGGCUCGGUCGACAUGAAACCUGUCGUCGUAAUCCACGGUGGCGGAGCCAGCAACAUUUCCACCGAAAGGAAAGUGCGAGUGCGCCAGGGCAUCAUCAAAGCCGCGAAGGAGGGCUACAACAUCCUCAGACAGGGAGGCAGCGCGGUGGACGCUGUGGAAGGAGCCGUGACCAUCCUGGAAAAUGAUCCCGAGUUCAAUGCAGGUUGUGGAUCUGUCUUGAAUGCAGAUGGUGACAUUGAGAUGGAUGCUAGUAUCAUGGACGGGAGGGACCUGUCUGCAGGAGCAGUGUCUGCCGUGCGCUGUAUCGCGAAUCCCACCAAGCUUGCCCGGCUUGUUAUGGAAAAGACAUCUCAUUGCUUUCUGACUGACCAAGGCGCUGCUAAAUUUGCAGCAGACAUGGGGAUUCCAAAGAUUCCUGUAGAACAGCUCGUAACAGAGAGAACUAAAAAACACCUGGAAAAAGAGAAGUAUGAGAAAGGCGGCCAGAAUUUGGAUUGUCCAAAAAAUUUGGGAACCGUAGGUGCUGUUGCCUUGGACUGCAGAGGAAACUUGGCCUAUGCGACCUCUACAGGAGGUAUUGUUAAUAAGAUGGUUGGCAGAGUUGGGGACUCUCCGUGCAUAGGAUCUGGAGGUUACGCUGACAAUAACAUCGGAGCCGUUUCCACCACAGGACAUGGGGAAAGCAUCCUCAAGGUGAAUCUGGCCAGACUCGCUCUCUUCCACAUAGAACAAGGGAAGUCAGUGGAAGAGGCUGCUGACCUGUCACUGGGUUAUAUGAAGUCAAGACUCAAAGGUUUAGGUGGCCUCAUCUUGAUCAACAAAACAGGCGACUGGGUAGCAAGGUGGACCUCUACCUCCAUGCCCUGGGCGGCUGUGAAGGAUGGCAAGCUGCAUGUUGGCAUUGACCUUGAUGAAACCACAAUCACAGACCUGUGCUAAGCCCCUGAAGAUUGUAUUCUAGGUGAAUACAAUCUAGCUUGGAGGUGAAGUUCAGCUGCCUGGUGUAUAUAUGUAGCUUAAUCAAUUAGAUGUAGACAUGGAAAACUUACCCAGUCUGUCCCUUCUUUUGUUGCCUUAGUCAAUAAGUAUCUGAAUGUUUGGUUGAGGGCGGGGCUCCAAGGUGUCAAGAGAAAUCAUGGAAAUGAAACCAGUGAAGGUGGCAAACUCUAGCAGAGUCUUCCAUGGAAUACGGUUAGAAAUAAGCCACAUGAUCUUGACCCCACAGAACUGCCUCAGGAUGGGAUGUGCCGCUGAGGACUGGGAAACCCACAGCUUCCAGAAGCCGGGCUGGGAAGGUGGACAGGGAAGUGCCCAGGGAAAGUGUUUGAAAGUGAAAGGGAGCUGCAGCAGAACAGCUAAUGAGCAAAGUCAAGGUGAACUUCAAAAUGUUGCAGAAUUCAUUUUGAGCCAUAAGAACACCUAGCAAAGAAUGAAACACAUUUAAGGGAGAUGUUCUUCAUAUAAGAGGGAGAACAGAUUUUUCUAAGAAAGUGCAAGUCUUCUCUGACUUAAGUAAUAAAGACAUGUUUCCAGAGACUUGCAGGGGACCCAGAGCUCCCCAACGUGGAGACGAGGGGUCACGAUGGACACUGUGGGAGUUCUUAAAGGCUGAGGUAUUCCUGGUUCAUAAGCAAACCCCCUCUCCUAGUGUUCUCCUGCAAGCCAGUCCCUACCUGCCACAGAUCCACUGAUCCUCACACGGUUAAUGAGGCUCGUGACUUCUUCAGCCUCUCCAACUGCGGGGGGUGGCUGAUGGAUAUAGGGGUGGCACCAUGAUUCAUGGAGGGCACAGACUGCCCAGUGAUUUGGGACAGCCCCACAGACACUGAAUCAAGUAUUGUUCCAUGUGGUCAGAAUGGUAAAGCAAUUUCCUUGGUGAAGAGUCUUCCUGUCAUCUCUCACUCCACUGGAAAUGGUAUUUCUGCUGUGACAUACCUGCUUAGUUUUUUAGUCUGUCAGGGAUUACCUUUUCUCUGAAAAGAAAUUACUUAACUUUAAAUUCCACAUGCCACUAAUAAAAUGUAUUUUGAAAGAAUUACAGUGUGGUUAGGUGUCACUGUUGACAAGACCAGAAUGGACACCAGUCUCUCUUUGGUCCCUCAAUUCAGACAGGUGUAGUAGAUAAGGGACCUUUUGUGAAGAGGGUGGUGUGGGGAUGGGACUGUACUCCUGCCUCAUAGUCAGAAGUUUUUCGGGUGAUUAAAACGUUUUCUGAAUGGGUUAUGGAAGAACCAAAAUCACCAUUUGGAAGUACCAACAGGGUUCAUGACUCAGUCUUCUGCAGUUUGCCAGCAAUCACCCCACACUCAGUUUUAGCUCCUGACCCUCCCUGGGCCCCAUCAGCUGCUCUGAGAGAUUACACCAGGAGUCAGAACAGUGCUAGAAGCCUGCUAUCCCCACUACCUGGAGGAGCCUGAAGACUGAGUGAAAGGAAAGAAAAACUGCUCAGGACAAAUAUAGAAACUGUAACCAGGCCUAGAAGAGAUACUGUGUGUUUAUAAACCUUGAAAACCUCAACAUGUAAUAACUACCCCUUGUACGGGUAUUUUUUUUAGAAAGUAUAGUAGUUCACUAGGGCUUCCACAACAAAAUCCCACAGACUAACCAACAGAAAUGUAUUUCCUCAAUUCUGGAGGCUGGAAGUCCAAGAGGAAAGUAUCAGCAGCUUUGGCUU